AUGAGAGAGUUGACUAUGAGAGAGUUGGCUAUGAGAGAGUUGACUUUGAGAGAGUUGACUAUGAGAGAGUUGGCUAUGAGAGAAUUGGCAAUGAGAGAGUUGAUUAUGAAGGAGUUGGUUAUGAGAGAGAUGACUAUGAAAGAGUUAGCUAUGAGAGUAUUAACAUGGAGAGAGUUGACUAUGAGAGAGCUGGCAAUGAAAGAGUUGGCUAUGAGAGAGUUGACUAAUAGAGAAUUGACUAUGAGAGAAUUGGCAAUGGGAGAUUUGGCUAUGAGAGAGUUGGCUAUGAGAGAGUUGGCUAUGAGAGAAUUGGUGAUGAGAGAGUUGGCUAUGAGAGAGUUGACUAUGAGAGAGUAG